AUGUCAAUUAAUUUGUGUAGAGUUUGUCUUGCAACUGGGGCAACUCUACCAAUUUUUGAUAAAGAAGAAAGUGUUUUUAAUAUACAGGACAACUUAGCAAUGUGCUUGAAAGAAAAGGUAGAAGAUCGAGAUGGCUACCCAAGAUAUAUAUGUGUAGUGUGCAAUAAUAUAUUAUAUGAAUUUUGUAAGUUUAUAAAUAAGUAUAGAGAGACAUGUAAAUUACUGGAAAAGGGUUUAGAUAUAGUAAAAGAAGAAAAUGAAGAUAUUGUAAAAGAGGAGAGUGAAGAUGAUUUCAUUUGCAAUGAACCAGAUGAAUCAACAAACACAGAUGAAGAUACAAAAUGUUCCGUUAUAGAAGACAAAAAACAAAAUGAUGUAUUUGAGAGUAAAAAACAACUAGAACCUUUCAAGAAAAUUUUAUAUGUAAAGUUAGAAAGACUGGAAUUACCAACAAAGACAUCUUCUGUAAAAAAAUGUUUGGAAGUAUCUAAUAAAAUUGCAUCUUCCAUUUUAGAAGGCUAUAGACCAGCGGUGUGUACAAUAUGUGAUUCAAAAUUUUUCCAUGAAGAAUACUUGAAAGAGCAUAUGCGUCUUCAUACUGGAGAAACUCCCUUCAAAUGUCCAAUUUGCAAGAGAGGUUACGCCCAAAGAGGCAAUAUGAAAAGUCACAUGAAAACACAUAAAAAAUCUGAACUAGAUGAGGAUACUCUUAGCAAAUUAAAGCCCAAUUAUCUUAAACUAUUGAAAACAUAG